AUGGGAGAGCUUAUGGGAGCUCUCAUCAAAUAUACUGAAUCAGACAGCACCAAAGAUCUUGUAUCUGAUGAUGAGAAGUCUAGCAAGGGGAAGAAGAAUGGUAAUAACAAGGGUCAGCAGCAAAACAUGACAGGUCUCAACCAGGGCAAUGGUGGCAAACGCAAGCAAUCCGAUGGUGGGUUAGACUUUGUGGCUAACACCAAUACACAACGUAAUAAUCAGCGUCAUAAGGGCCCCUGUUCCAUCCACCCAUCGCCGCCACCACUUCACCAACUCCCACCUCGGGAUUCCCAUCGAUCCAACCAGCGACCUUCUCCCAAUCCAAUCUCCCCAACCGCCUCUUGUGUUUUCUGCGCCACACAAAUCCCGGCAGCCCCAAGCUGCUCGAAGCCAAGACCUCACCCCAGCGAGCAGCUCAUCCACAAGCUCUUCUGCCACGCGCCUCCUCCUUCCUCAGCCUCGCUCGCCCUCACCUUCCUCGCCGCCUGCGCUCGUCAUGGCCGGAGGUUCCACCCGAAGAUCAGCAAGCGGUGCCGCCUCUCGCAGGAUGGCCAUGGGAGCAGCUCAAGGAGCACCACACCACGACCACCGUUUGUCCUCGUCGCCGCCCUUCGGAACCUCACCGGAGAACGCCGUGUGCCCUCUCCUUCCCGUCUCCUACCUCGCCGUCCAGACACCGCGUCGCCAUCCAGGACCCCGUUGGCCUCCCCUUUCUUGUACUGCACGAAGAGGACGACGCAUCCAGCGAGCGCCCGCUCGUCCCAGCCGCGUCCCUCAGAAGCUCGCCGCCACGGAGCUUCUCCGGUCUCUCCUCCGCUCCGACCCAGGCCUCCGGCGACCUUGCCAUCGUCGUCUCCUAGGAGCUCGUCCGUUUCCCAAGGGCUCCACCCACCGCGCCCUUCGACGGAGUCCACGAUGUCCGGCUCGUCCCACCUCCCGCAGGCCUCCCCGUCGCUUGCCGGAGCCCCAUCGCUGCCGUGUUGAACUCGCCCCUGCCUUUUGCCUCGCCUCUGCUUCGAGCGACAGAACACCGCCCCCUGCGUUGACCCAUUCCAGUGCCUGCAUGGACAAGCACCAAGCACCAAGGCCCGGCGUGCCCUGCCAGGCCGCCUCCUCCACAGAUCUGGGCCAAGCCCAUGGAGAGACCCCCCCUUCAGACCUCUAUGCUGUUGGGCCAACAGAUACGGCCCGUUUCAUGUCUUUUUUCCAUAGAACGUUUUUCCUAUUUAUCCAAAGAAUGUCAGUUUUGCAGUAAAGCCCCUCAUGUACAUGCAUUUAAUAACUCUACAACCGUGCAU